AUGAAGGGAGAGCACUUCAAGUUCCUGGAAGCUGCAAUGUUAGUAUCAUAGAACUGGAGCCAAGAAUGACUCUACCAAAAUCAGAUAAAGAAGUUGUGGUCAAUGUUGGUGGAAAGAACUCUGAGGUAUCAAAGGAUCAAAAAGAUUCACCAUCUUUAGUUGGACGAAAGAAAAGAGCUACAGAUAGUUCCAAAGACCAACCAGUAUCUAAAGAUUAUUUAAAAAAUCUGGAACUUAGUUGCAUUUCUGCUAGCUGCACACAAGUUACAUGUAUUGUAGGACCUUUCACUGAUAACAAGCAAUAUGCCAAACUGAAGAUUGUUGCACUGAUGAAUAUGAAAGCAUUAGAAGGCAUCAAGGGUAGAAGAGAUACCAUUACUGUUGUGUCAGAAGGAGAAGUGAAAAUAAAUGAUGAAAAACCUGAUAUCCAGCCAGAUGAUCACCGUCCAGACCAUACCAAAGUUUUUUCCACAUUUGUAAAAGCUGGACCCCCACCUCCUGCUAAGUUACAAAACUGGAUUAUUGCUGUCAGUAUUGGAGCUGGAGUCCUUUUGUUGAUCUUGAUUCUCCUUGCAUGUAUUCAUUUCGGAUUCUUCCGAAGAAAGAAAAAAGAAGAAAUGGAGCGCAUGAGACAACAAGCAGCACUACUUGAGUGGCAGCCUUACCUUGUCACCGAUGAAGAAGUGGAACAGGAAAAGGAAGUAUAUACUAAUGCAACCACUUAAGAGAAAGAUAAAUAAUAAGCUCUUGGUAGAAGAUAAAGCAUACAAAAGAUGGAUUUCUACCAAUAAAGAAAAUAAGGCUGGACUCUAUCAGAGUGUCAGUUAAUUAGGAUUUUUAUAAAAUAACAGUAUGUGAUCAUAAUGACAAUUAUCAACCGAAGGUUGUACAGCUCAUUUGAAAUACAUUAACUUACUGACAGUCAUCUGAAUGAACUGAUGAGCGACCAUUGUAUAAAAAAAACAAUUUUUUUUACACCAUGCCUUAUAUGUGGCAACUUUUUUUCACUAGAUUUGCAAAACAUUAAUUUAAUGUUAAUAUAUUUGUGUAUCACUCCAACAUUACCUAUUCAAGUGUAAAAGUUUGAAUCUCUUCACAGAUUUUUGUAUUGUUUGAAGAUAGUGUUUUCGUGGGAGUUAGCUGUAUUUCUUAAAUGAAAUACUAUGAAUACUGAAAUUUGACUUUUACAUAAACAUAAUAAGUAGAUUAGAAUGAUGUGCCAAUUGAAUUGCAAGAUUGUGGAGGACUAAAACGUUUUUUACUCUCUCCUAACAAACAAAUAAUGUCUUAAAGAAAAAGCAUUAUAUAUAUAUACAUCAGUCUAGUAGUACUAUGUUUGUGGUACUAAUUUUAAAAAAAUAUUUAUUAGUUUAAAAAAAAGUGAUUGAAUUACUGAUGUAGUCUUUAUAAUAUUGUGUUCUGAAAAUGAAAACUUAAUUUCCAUUGAUUACCUGAGUUUCAAAUUAUCCAUAAUGUUCUUUGAAUAUGUGAUAUUUGGAGUUUAAAAACAUACCUUACGGUUAGAUUACAUUUUUGUCAUCUGUUACGUUUUAUGAAAGCUUUAAGUUUAGAAUCUCAAUUCAACAUUAUAUGUCACUGGAGAGAUAACAGACACAGAUUGCUUAGCUUAAUGUAGAAAAGCUAUGUGUUAAAAAAGUCUUAUUGUAUUGACAAUAGCUCAUGCGCAUACGAUCUAAACACAUUUAAAAAGGUGUAAGCAUUUAAUUGUUUAUUUUUUUUGGUGGAACUGUAAUAUUUUGAUACAUGUAUACUUGUGUUAUAAUAGUGAAACCCAUGAAGAUAAAUGUCAUAUUUUGCAGUAAAUAAUUAUAAAAAUGACAAAUGAUGAUUUUGAUACUUUUACAAAGAUGUAUAUUGAGACAGUAUCAUAGUUACCCCACUAGAACCUAUUAUAUGCAUCUGAAUUUGAUUAUCAAAUACAGAAGAUGAGAACUAGGUUGAGUUUAAAGCUACACUUAUGCUGACAUUUCCACCUUGUUCAUCUAAAAUGUUUUGCAUUCUGCUUAAAUAUUUUCUGAAUGUUUUAUAUUCAAAAACAUUUUUCUGUUUUGGUGUCUCACUAGAAACAUAAAUAAGGUGUUUUAUUACCUCGCUGACAACCAAGAAAAAUACAAUAACUUUGAUCUAUUUUACUCUUAACCUGAAAGAACUAAAAAUAAAGGAGCCAAUAUUACUAGAGAGUUGGCCCCCAGUGGCUCAGCAGUAAGUCUGGAAGCUUAUAACUGGGUUUGGUACCCGUGGAGGGCACAGCACAGACAGCCCUUUGUAUAGCUUUGUGUUUAACUACAAACAAACAAGCAAACUAAAGAGUUGUAUGUUCCAAGCAGUGAGGUAUAUUGAGGAUUACAUUGCAUAAACUCUUACCUUUUCAUUACAAGGCAUUUGGUAUUCCUAGGAUUUACGAAGAAUUGAACAAAAUAUAAAAAUUUUCUUUGUGAUAGAUUUAUCAUAUAUCAUUGCAUUCAGUGUGAAAACUCUUAUCAAAGUAUGAUCAUAUAGUCCCUUGGAAUAUAAAUAGUGGGUGAACUAAGUAUUCCCAUAUGGUAAACAAGAGAUUAAUGCAGGAAUGAUUAUAUUACACUAUAUAGCACAUAACUCUAUGUUAGUUCACAUUCUAGUCAAUAAGUUUGUUUUCAAUAGGUUUUAAUGUGGUUUACAAUCAAAUUUCCUGAACUGGAUAGUUUGACUGCAGUGCUCAAUUUCAUUUUGGUAAUAUACACUAUUCCUCCAUUCAUAAUUGUAGAAUCACUUUGGCAGUACAUAUAGGUUUUAAAACCACAAACAAAUUACUACAGUAGCAAUAGAAGAAUAACCAUAUUGCUUUGGCAGUACCACAGUUCAAUAACAACAGUUUUAUUAAGUCAAAGCCGUUUGUAUUCAAUAUUACUGAAACUAUUGUAGCAAGAGUAAUUUGUCACAUUUUACUGCUAGUAGUGGUUGCUUGCAGAUUUUUUUACUGUGUUUCUUGAAUUAUUUGUAUAUGAUCAAAGUACGUAAAUACAUUGUUUAUGGUCCCAUAAACACAAGAAAAAUGCACUGCUAACUGAACAAUAUGUAUUAUUUAUAGAAGUUCCAAGUCUAGAUUGAUUUCCAAGUAUUUUGUUGAUUUAACAUUUUAUUAAUUAUUUGUUUUUGUAUACUGGUUGUAAGAUUAUUCUGCAAGUUAGGUAUUUAAGGUCAGACGUAUAACAUGUUCUUUGUUACUAAAACCAGUUUAAAAUCAAAUGUGUUACUAUUUAAUAUAAAACUGUUCUUUGUACUUUAUGUAGACAUGAAUAAAAAAAAAGGUCAACAGUAUCUGAAACAACUACUUAUUUUUGUUCUAAUCUUAGAAUUUUGGGCUAUUUUUUAAGAAUUUACUUUGGUUGUAGAAUUGAAGGAGGAUUUUAAAUAAGAUGUAAGAUUACACAUUAUUUAAUUAACUAACUACCCAGUGUUUUCUAUAUUUAUUAUUGUACACAUUCUUUUAUGUUGCACACUUUUUUUCGGUUCAAAUAAAUAAAUAUCAGUAAAACUGGAAAAUAUAUGAAGCAUAACUCAACAUGUUUUCAGUGAUGUAGCAGUAAAAAUAGUAAGUGUACCCAAGAGAUGAUUCAUUUUUCUACUAACUUUCUUAUAAAGGAUUGAUUGUCUUUAUUAAUGUAUAUUUGUUUUUAACAAUACAAUUACCAGUGGCUUUUUUAUAUACAUUUUUCUAAACUGUUUAUGCAUUAAAUUGCUUAUGAGUCCUUAGCUUUGUUAAUGUAGUAAAUUAAAUAUUUUCAUUCCCUGCAUACAGGACCUGAACCUGGGACCUCUUGUACAGCUGGUUAGUGCUAAAGGAUUAACCUACUAACAAUUCUAAUAAGACAUUUAUCAAAAAUUUAACCUACUACAUUGGGUAUAUGGUCCCUAAUGACAUAAACAUAUAAAAAAAAAUAUAGACAAUAUUGCAAUUAAUCCCACUCAUUUAUGUUGGCUAGUUCUUUACAAUAAAUAUUGUAAUAAAUAAAAACAUAAAAUUACUCAAUACACUCCAUACUGGUAGUGAAUGGUAUCAAAACAAGUCGAUGAUUUGUUAGCUUACUUUAAAUCGGAAAUUAUUGAUAAUUAUAUAACAUUUGAAACAUAUAUAUGUGUGGUUUAACAUAAUAUAAUAAGAUGAAUUUUCUAAACUGCAUGUUACCAUAACACAAAGGGGUGGAUGAAACUAGUAGACUAUGAAUCCAAGGCUCCAUGAUUUCAACCUGUUGCCCGUAACAUGUAACAUUGUGCGCCACACUUUGGGGUCACGAGCACGCUAUGAAAAUGAUGAUACGAUUCCACUAUAUAAUUACAGUAUCCCCAAAAGUUGGCAAUUAGUGCUGUUGUCUAGCUGUCUUAUCUUUAGUUUAGCAGCUCAAAAUUAGGGACAGCCAGAUCAGAUAGCCCUUAUGUAUCUUUGAGUGAAUACCUGGAGCAAACAAAUGGAACUCUGACACAAACCAUCAUUUAACCAAUGAUUUAUAACAUCUUAUGUCAGAGAUGAGAUGAAUAAAUGUAUGAUAUUAAAUAUAAAGCUAAAACAGUAACAAAACAUUUUGAAAUAUCAAAUGAAAAGCUUCAAUAAAAAACAAAACUGAGUUAAGUUUAAAUUUUCAAAUAUCUGCUUGUAGUAUUAUGAGUUUGUUAUUACUGGUAUCAAUGAAUAACUGCGUACAUAUACGGAGGGUUGACAAUGAUUUUGGAGCCUCGCCACAUUGUUCAUUACACCCCAUGCCAACUCAUCUGGUACAUGUUCUAUCUGACGACCAUGCAUUUUGACAAUAGCCCUGCAGCAUAAUAUCCAUUGAAAAAGGCUCUCAGGUAAGGCCUUUAUGCUAUUUGUCUUCCAAUACAAAGGAUGUACUCAAUUUGGAAAUUAUAAAUAUGUGAUCCAAGUACAUCUUUAUUAUUUGAGGGUACGAAUAUUUUGCAUCAGAAUGAUGCUGUUCCAUUCUCUACCCAAAAGUAAUAAAUUUUUGGUGGCAUCACGCUACCUAAGAAUUGCCAAGCAAUGUCAAAAUGUAGUGGUGAUACAUGUCAUUACACCCCAACUUUAUAUUUGCUGUGGUUAUAAUGUGACAUGCAUAUUCAAAAUAAUUUUAAUAUACUGUACUCAACCCUAUAGAUCUUGCGUAGCCUAAACGUAUUUAAGGAGUUUCAAUUGAUUAGUAUUAAGAGAAUAUGUAAUACAGAUUAAUUUUUUUAUACAUCCCUCAUUAUGCAUUUAGAAUAAUUAUGGUAUGACAUGAGAAUGGUUAGCUUAUUUGUUUAACUACGUGUAAAGCUACCUGAGAACUAUCUAAACUAGUCGUCCCUAAUUUUGAAGUGAUAGACUAGACAGAAAGCAGCUGGUCAACACCACUCACUGAUG